AUGGCGAAUCCCCUAACCCCGCAGUCAGUACUGCAUCUGAUGGCAGACGCCCUGCCGACACAUCCCAAAGACGAUACAACUUCCGAUAUAAGCAGCAGCUACGAGCUGCCCUCCCUUCUCGCUCAUGCCUGCAUGACUGCUCUCAAGUUUCGUCUCCUCGGUUUCGAUGAGGAAAAGAGAAUAGAAGAAGAAGUUCAGGCCCUUGCCCCACGACUUCCUCCCUCAUGGAAUGCCGGCUUCGGCGCCAUCCGCUUCGUCUACGCCCACAAGCAGUCUUCCAUGACAUCCAUCAUCCGGAUCAGCCGUGUAGGCAGCAAGGUUGAAAUCAGCGGGCUGGCUGUUGGCCACGAUGUUAUACAUAGGUUUGAAGUGACGACAAAGGACAUUGUCAACACAUCCAAGUUACCGCUCCGCAUCACGCUUAAAGACGACGGCGCUGAGGACCGAAGUGACCUUGUGGAAAAGCUCAGAGAUGCAUUCGUCUCCGAGUCUGCGAUUGCCGAUUUUAUCGAGCAGUUCAAGACCAAGGUUGUGCAGAAGCUCAUUCCGAAACUACAGGUGGAGGGAUACGAAGAGUCACCUGAUGACCGCGAUGCGACGGAGAAUGCGCAGCAAGAGGGUCGCGCGCAGGCCGGACGUGAGCCCGGACGGCCUUUCCCUGGUCAAAGACCGCAGCCUGGCCACCCGUUCCCUAUCCACGAUCCCCUGGCUGAGGGUCCCAGACGACCGAUUCCUGUGGGAGACUUUCCCCCUCCUGGAUUUGAGGAUGAACAUGAAAUCAAUACGCCGCUGCGGCCUUUGGGGGUUCCGGGUCGAUCGCCUUACAACAUCGGCCACGAUGAUCUGAACCCACCUGGCCUUGGACCACAUGAUCCCCUGAGACCAUCAUUCAUCGGCGGUGGUCUGCCUCGCCCUGGAGGAGGCGGUGGAAUGCAUCCCACGUUCGAUGAUCCCCUCUUUGGAGGGCAGGGAGGACAAGGUGGUGGGUUUGACCCUCAAGCGCCGCCCGGAGCCAGAUGGGAUCCGGUCGGUCCUGGUGGUCUGCCUAGGCAUGGAGGCGGAAGAGGAGGUCCCUUUGGAGGAGGCGGUGGAUUUGGUGGCGGCUUUGGCGGAGGUUUCGGCGGCGACAUUAUCUGA